AUGGAAGAACUUACGGCGUUCGUCUCCAAGUCUUUUGACCAGAAAGUGAAGGAGAAGAAGGAGGCCAUCACGUACCGGGAGGUGCUGGAGAGCGGGCCGCUGCGCGGGGCCAAAGAGCCCGGCUGCGUCGAGCCGGGCCGCGACGACCGCAGCAGCCCGGCAGUCCGGGCGGCCGGCGGAGGCGGCGGCGCGGGAGGAGGCGGAGGCGGAGGCGGAGGAGGCGGAGGAGGUGCUGGAGGAGGAGGAGCAGGCGGAGGAGCUGGAGGAGGGCGCUCUCCCGUCCGGGAGCUGGACAUGGGAGCCGCGGAGCGGAGCAGGGAGCCCGGCAGCCCGCGGCUGACGGAGGGUAACGGCCUGCCCCCGGCCGCGGUUCCCCUUCCCUCCCCUUCAUUUAGAGUGUUGUUGUCCCCUGAACUGAAGGAUCGCAAAGACGAUGCGAAAGGGAUGGAGGACGAAGGCCAGACCAAAAUCAAGCAGCGGCGAAGUCGGACCAAUUUUACCCUGGAACAACUCAACGAGCUGGAGAGGCUUUUCGAUGAGACCCACUAUCCAGACGCUUUUAUGCGCGAGGAACUGAGCCAGCGACUGGGGCUAUCUGAGGCCCGAGUACAGGUUUGGUUUCAAAAUCGAAGAGCUAAGUGUAGAAAACAGGAAAAUCAACUUCAUAAAGGUGUCCUUAUAGGGGCUGCUAGCCAGUUUGAAGCUUGUAGAGUUGCACCCUAUGUCAACGUAGGUGCUUUAAGGAUGCCAUUUCAGCAGGAUAGUCAUUGCAACGUGACGCCCUUGUCCUUUCAGGUUCAGGCGCAGCUGCAGCUGGACAGCGCCGUGGCGCACGCGCACCACCACCUGCAUCCGCACCUGGCCGCGCACGCGCCUUACAUGAUGUUCCCGGCACCGCCCUUCGGACUGCCGCUGGCCACGCUGGCCGCGGACUCGGCCUCCGCCGCCUCGGUGGUGGCUGCCGCCGCCGCCGCCAAGACCACCAGCAAGAACUCCAGCAUCGCGGAUCUCAGACUGAAAGCUAAAAAGCACGCGGCCGCCCUGGGUCUGUGACGCCGGCGCCAGCGCCACGGUCGGUGGAGCCUCCUAUGCGGCGCGACCCCGCACGCCCUCCGCGACCGGCUGCUUCUCCCGCACCCGCUUCGGACCGACUAGGCCUGUCCCUUCCCCGCUGACUGCCGCCUUUUCUUUCUGCACCCUGGAUCCCUAGGGCGGGACUCUGCGCUGGACCCGGGAUCCCACGAGGGCCACCAGCCCGGGGCUCCUGCCCACCCGCCCUUGGGACUAAAAUUCGGCUUUGUAGGAGCGGGUUUGGGGAAGUCUGGAUAGAGACUGGACAAAGGAGUGUGGCAACAGUGACCACAGAUGCGGCGACGGACUCGUUCAUAGGAAUAAAAUCUUGCUAACAACAAAUGAGCAAAAACAAAAAAGGAUAGAGAACAAACUAAAAAAGAAAAUGAGAAAGGGGGCUUGUUUCUUAUUGCUAUUUGGCUGGAAUUAGAGAAAGAACGACGAAGCAAAACAAUUCUUAAAAUUAUUUUGUACAUAAAAAUACGGAAAAAUAACCUGGAUGAAUCUUGAGAGAAAGGGGGGAGGGAUUUACCAACUAAAAUGUAUGUUUUUUUUUAAAUGGUCCAAGAAAACAAAACAGAAGGAAGAGGUAUACUUAUUUAAAGAAUUAAGAUGAAAAAAAAAAAGCGCAGCUGGGAAGUUCACAGGUUUUGAAGCUGACCUUUUUCUGCGAAGUUCACUUUAAUACGAGACAUUUGAUAAGAGAGGCGGGCCUCCUUUUACGUUGAAUCUGAUGCUUUGAGUUUUAAAACACCAUGUUUGGAAGAGCAAGAAGAGGGAAGACAGUGUGGAAACGAGGAGGGAAAAAAGGACGUUCAUACAAAAAAAAAAAAAGCGAUACCACAGACAAUGAUUCUUCUGAGAAAUUAUUAAGGCAGAACUGUCCAGACUGCUGACAGUAAAUUCUGGUUUGCAUGUUACUUGUAUUCCAUUGAUGGUGUCCCCUCCCCUCCCACUCUCACGUGCACUCACUACACUUUCAUUCUCAGUAUGAAAAGCGUCUGGAAAUUGAUGUGAAUCCAUAUAUAAUUUGUCCGGCCUUUGAUCCCAAGGGGCAAAGGGAAAAAAAAAAAAGUCGUAAGGGAGUAAAAUACACUCUGAGUCUUCCAAGAAGAUGGAGGCUGUUAGAAAAUAUGGGCAAAGAAAAGAGAAGAGCAAAUGAAGUCACGAAGGUAUACAGCCGGGCAUCGUGAUAGGCGCUUUAUCUGUUUAGUCCCUUUCCGUGAAUUCCCUCUUGCUAGUUUAAGUCCUAUUGAGGACAACGCUUUAUUCCCACCCCCCUCUCUAUCCCGACAAAUUCACCUUAAACGACACCCAGCUAGGUACAGACACUAGGUUUGUGUAUAAUAUGUUGAUAAACACGAACAAAGUUUAUUUUGGCUAUAAUGUGUGAACUGAGGGUUGACUUUCAACAUUUGCAUUUUAUCUCACAAAGGUGUAUCUAUUCAAGUAAUUUUUGGUUUUGUUUCAAUUCAUGUAGCUAUUUAAACAGGGAUACCUUGGGCUAAGCAACCUGUAGCCCCAAUUCUCUAGCAAGUCUCUUUAGGAACCCCCCUUUAAUUUACAUGAAAGAGGAAAAGCUCUUCUUACUGAACUUUGGUAUGCGUUUGAGCUUUGUAACUAUUUGUUCUCCAUGAAAACAAAAUUAUUUAUAUUUGCCAUAUUUUUUCUAGUGUAUUAAGUUAUUUUAAACAAAAGAAGAUGCUGUUAUGACGUGUUGUCAGUACAAAAUGUUUCAGCUCCACUUCUGUUAAACCUUUUAAAUAAGUGCCAAGUUAUUAACCUAAGACACUUUGCGAUCAAUUGAAUGAAAAUAGUAUUGUUUCAUUUGAUGGGGUGCGCGUCAUCUUUGUUCUUGUUACUAUUAAAAUAUCCGGGAUACUC